UACUAAUCAACUCUUCUUUUUCUCUCUAUCUCUCUCUCUCUCAUCUAUCUUACUCACUUUUUCUAUAAAUACAACCAACAUCUCUCUCCACUUCUUCAGACAAAACCAAACCCAUUUGGACUUUCUUUGUCUUAACUCUCAAAUUUCCAAAAGCUUUUUUAAAAACCUCAAUUUUUUGUUCUAAAAUUUCAUUAAAACCCUUCCAAACAGGUCGAAUUUGUUCACUAACAGUAUAUUUUCAUAUUGAAACCAUAAAAAAUGGGAAGACCACCUUGUUGUGAAAAGACUGGAGUGAAGAAAGGGCCAUGGACACCAGAGGAAGACAUCAUCUUGGUUUCUUACAUUCAAGAACAUGGUCCUGGAAACUGGAGAUCUGUCCCAACUAACACAGGUCUGAAGAGAUGUAGCAAGAGCUGCAGAUUGAGAUGGACUAAUUAUCUUCGACCCGGUAUUAAGCGCGGAAAUUUUACUGAGCAUGAAGAGAAGAUGAUUGUUCAUCUGCAAGCCCUUUUAGGCAACAGAUGGGCAGCCAUAGCAUCAUACCUUCCAGAAAGGACAGACAAUGAUAUAAAGAACUACUGGAACACUCACUUGAAGAAGAAGCUCAAAAAGAUUAAUGAAUUUGGUGAAGAAGAUAAUGAUGGCUUCUCUUCAUCAAACACUAGUUCACAAAAGCAACAUCAAAGCUCCAACAAAGGUCAGUGGGAGAGAAGACUUCAGACAGAUAUCAACAUGGCAAAACAAGCUCUUUGUGAGGCCUUAUCUUUAGACAAGCCAUCAUCAUCAACACUCUCUCCAUCGUCAUCACCAUUGUCACCAGUAAUCGUACCACAAAACAUACCUAGCUUCUCAUCAGCUUUACUUGACCGUUGUUAUGAUCUAUCCUCUUCUUCCUCCUCUACCACAACAACAACCACAACCACCAUCACAAGUAACACUACUACUAAUCCAUACCCAUCAGGGGUAUAUGCGUCAAGUGCUGAGAACAUCGCUCGCUUGCUUCAAGAUUUCAUGAAAGAUACACCAAAGGCAUUAACUUUAACAUCAUCAUCGCCGGUUUCAGAGACCGGACCGCUUUCUGCAGCAGCAUGCGAAGAAGGUGGAGAAGGGUUUGAACAAUCUUUCUUCAGCUUCAAUUCCAUGGAAGAAACUCAGAAUUUGACUCAGGAGACAAGGUUCUUCCAUGACCAAGAGAGCAAACCGGUAAUAUCAAUGGACCAAGAUCAUGGUUUGAUAUCGCAAGGAUCUCUGUCUCUGUUGGAGAAAUGGUUAUUUGAUGAGAACAUGGUUGGUAUGGCAUUGGAAGGACAAGAAGCGAUGUUCUAGAACUAAAUCAAGUGGAAUUGUUUUAAAAUUUGAGUGCUUAAUUAGUUAUGAGUUAUAACAAAUAAUAACGAGUUAUAACCUUUAAGAUAUAUGCUUAUUAUUGCAUUAGGGUUUUAGAGUCUUUAGUAGCUUUUAGCUCUACAACACUCUUUUUCCCUUUUGGUGGUAUAAUAUUUUUCUAUCUUUUUAAUUGUAUGUAGCGUAGAACGUAACACAAAGGGUUUAUCUACUUUAUUAAUGUAAUGUAUUGUACUUUGUGGCUCAUAUGGUUAUACAAAUGUAUUUUUAUGUU